GGGUGUGUAUUUUGAAGGUUGUGCACAGCAACACGGAGUAUCUCGCCCGGCGUGGCAGAGGUUCGCAUCGCGGGUAAAAAGCUUGCUGGCGAAUUUGCAGAAGAAAAAGGCAGACGCGGAACAGAAGGAGACGCACAGGAAGACAGUUUGAGUUUUGCAUGCGUUAAACAAGUCUUUAUCUAGACGGGACAGGAACUGCUCGUCCGCUUAGGUAAACUGGCUAACUACACCCAGGUGAAAUCUCUGGAAUCGCCAACUGGUAAUCUGACAGUCAGCGCGGCUGAACUGUGCCUUCUGAUCGGAACUCGAUGGGGACGCGUCUCCUCUCCUGUGACAGCACGUCUAGUUUUCCUGCGUAGCCAGUUCUUCUGGCGACCAGCUGCCGAGAAGAAAUGAACAUCAGUAUACGUUGAUACACGAGCUGUAUUCCAGUUAGCGAGCCAACUAUCUCGCUGUUGACACCUUAGGCUAUAAUGAUUCGUCAUUGGCACCGCGAUUCGUCUGACUUCUGAUUUGGUGCAUAUGUUACCUGUGUUUUUGUUUUUUUUCUUCUUCAAAGUUUGCGGUCGUUAAAUUGGUGCGAAUUUAUGAAGAUGACAGGCUUAGUGAAAGUGCUUCACCAGACGGAUCACUUCGCUAGCUAGCAACAUUCCACAUUUCCUGCUUUCGCUUGCUAGCUCGUCGGCUACCUGGUGCGGGGCUCCCUCCUGCUCCGUUUUCUUACAUCCCAAGCUAGCCAGACAGCUAGCAAGUUAUUUUUCUUUGAAAUUGGCGUAUUUUUAAAGGUCAUAACCUGAGGACGGACGAGCAAAGUUUUAUUACUAUAAUUUACUCACUUAGAUGAGCUGACUUGUCCUGUUACAUAGUUAGCGAGGCAAGCUAGCUAAUUUGUUGUAGCUAAUUGAAGAGAACAGUUCACUUCAGUAGUUCAUAUUCCAACAUGACUGUUCGGGCACUUCCACGCCUGGCCGCCGGCCUAAAGACCGCGUUUGAGCGGGGACUAUUGCUAGUGGUAGUGAUGCUGCUCCUGGCCAUAACCGUGAUGCCCCUUGGCGCGGCGAGCUCUCCAGAGAUUACCGCCACGAAGCACGAAGUGUGCAAGGAUCCCCAUGGAGGACACAAGCGCAACAGAACCCUCAGAAAGGCCUUCCCCGUACUCGAAUUAGAUUACGAGCACGUACGGACACCCUUCGAAGUUUCCCUGUGGGUCCUGCUGGCUUCUCUGAUGAAGCUCGGCUUCCACCUGAUCCCGCGGCUGUCGUCCAUCGUGCCGGAGAGCUGCCUGCUGAUCGUGGUGGGGCUCCUGGUGGGCGGGCUGAUCCGCGUGGUGGGGGAGGAGCCCCCCGUGCUGGGCUCGCAGCUCUUCUUCCUGUGCCUGCUGCCGCCCAUCAUCCUGGACGCCGGCUACUUCCUGCCCAUCCGGCCCUUCACCGAGAACGUGGGCACCAUCCUGAUGUUCGCCGUGGUGGGCACGCUGUGGAACUCCUUCUUCGUGGGCGGCCUGCUGUACGGCGUGUGCCGGGUGGGGGGGCCCAGCCUGCAGGGCGUGGGGCUGCUGUCCUGCCUGCUGUUCGGCUCCAUCAUCUCCGCCGUCGACCCGGUCGCCGUGCUGGCCGUGUUCGAGGAGAUCCACAUCAACGAGCUGCUGCACAUCCUGGUGUUCGGGGAGUCCCUGCUCAACGACGCCGUCACCGUGGUGCUGUACCACCUGUUUGAGGAGUUUGUGGGCGUGGGCUCGGUCUCCGUGGGGGACGCCUUCCUGGGGAUCUUGUCCUUCCUGGUGGUGGCGCUGGGCGGGAUCCUGGUGGGCGCCAUCUACGGCGUCCUGGCGGCCUUCACCUCCCGCUUCACCUCGCACACCCGCGUGAUCGAGCCGCUCUUCGUCUUCCUCUACAGCUACAUGGCCUACCUGUCCUCCGAGGUCUUCCACCUGUCCGGCAUCAUGGCGUUGAUUUCCUGUGGCGCAGUGAUGCGGCCCUACGUGGAGGCCAACAUAUCCCACAAGUCCCACACCACCAUCAAGUACUUCCUGAAGAUGUGGAGCAGCGUGAGCGAGACGCUCAUCUUCAUCUUCCUGGGCGUGUCCACGGUGGCCGGGCCGCACCACUGGGACUGGAUCUUCGUCACCGUCACCGUGCUGCUCUGUCUCAUCGCCCGCGUGCUGGGUGUGAUCGGGUUGACGUACUUCAUCAACAAGUUCCGCAUCGUGAAGCUCACCACGAAGGACCAGUUCAUCGUGGCGUACGGGGGCCUGCGGGGGGCCAUCGCCUUCUCCCUGUGCUACCUGCUGGAAAAAGAGGAUUUCCCCGAGAGGGACAUGUUCCUGACGGCCAUCAUCACCGUCAUCUUCUUCACCGUCUUUGUGCAGGGUAUGACGAUCCGCCCACUGGUGGACCUCCUGGCUGUGAAGAAGAAACAAGAAACCAAGCGCUCCAUCAACGAGGAGAUCCACUCUCAGUUCCUGGACCACCUCCUGACGGGCAUAGAGGACAUCUGCGGACAUUACGGACAUCACCACUGGAAGGACAAGUUGAACCGCUUCAAUAAGAAGUACAUAAAGAAGUGUCUGAUCGCGGGAGAGCGCUCUAAGGAGCCUCAGCUCAUUGCCUUCUACCACAAGAUGGAGAUGAAGCAGGCCAUCGAGCUGGUAGAGAGCGGGGGAGGCGUCAAACUGCCGUCCAACGUCCCGUCGACCGUGUCCAUGGCGAACAUCCAGCCCAAGAAGCCCCCGGAGAGGGCGCUGCCCGACGUGUCCAAGGGCCGCGAGGAGGAGAUCCGGAACAUUCUCCGCACCAACCUGCAGAAGACCCGGCUCCGGCUGCGCUCCUACAACAGAUACACGCUGGAGAACGAGCCUUUCGAGGACGGCCUGACCGACCUGCUCGUCAAGAAGCAGAAGGUUAAGGAGAUGGAGCAGAAGAUGAAGAAUUACCUGACCGUCCCGGCUGCGCCCCCAGACUCUCCCACCAUGAACAGAUCCCGGCUGGCUUCAGACCCCCAGGCGUACAGCUCCAAGCCGGACUCGGAGGACGUGCCCACCAUCAAGGUGGACCUGGCCUCCCCGCAGUCCCCCGACUCGCUGAAGCUGGAGGACGAGCUGGCCAAGCAGGCCAAGGAGGCGCCCGAGGACCAGGGCCUGAUGAUGAAGGCCCCCUCCUCUUCCCAGGGCCCGCCCGACAAGGGCCUGAACGGCGGGAACGACCCCCAGCGGCUGCAGCGUUGCCUUAGCGACCCGGGCCCCAGCGCGGACGAGGACGAGGACGAGCCCUUCCUCCCGUAG